AUGGUACCGUUGACCCGGCCCAUCACCAACGAUGGCCGAUCAAUGACUCCCACUCCUUCCACCGCGUCCAGUCCAUCUCUCAGAUCUAAAACACCGGUCAAUGUCCCCAUGACACCGUCCAGUAGCAAUCUGAAUCCUGGAGGAAAUGUGAAAGUCGUGGUCAGAGUCAGAGGCUUUCUUCCCCGAGAAAUCGAUAGAGGAGCACAAUGCCUGAUCGAAAUGAACCCCGAUACUCAAUCCACAAAACUCCUGGUACCACCUUCGACCGAUCCAGCAAAUGCCCGAGCACAGACGAGAAAGGUUUUAGAAGAGAAGACGUUCACUUUUGACAACUCAUUUUGGUCACACAACACGGAAGAUGAGCACUAUGCCACGCAAGAGGAUGUGUACAAUUGCUUGGGAGAGGAGUUUCUAGACCACAAUUUCGAAGGCUACCACACCUGCAUAUUUGCUUACGGUCAGACUGGUUCGGGCAAAAGCUACACCAUGAUGGGCACCCCCGAACAACCAGGGUUGAUCCCACGGACCUGCGAAGAUUUGUUCCAGCGAAUCGAGUCGAAUGAGAGCGCCAACAUCAGUUACAGCGUCCGAGUCUCAUACUUCGAAGUUUACAACGAGCAUGUCCGCGAUCUGUUUCAACCACGAACCGAUCCCCCGCAAUAUCUCAAGAUCCGGGAAUCUCCUACUGAAGGCCCCUAUGUCAAAGAUCUGACUGAGAUUCAAGUCAGGAAUUACGCCGAAAUCUUGAAGUAUAUGCGUCUGGGCGACAUGUCCAGAACCACAGCAUCCACCAAGAUGAAUGAUACCUCCUCACGCUCCCACGCGGUCUUCACGAUUAUGUUGAAGCAGAUUCAUCACGACUAUCGAACAGAUGAGACAACUGAAAGACUGGCACGAAUCCGUCUUGUCGAUUUGGCCGGUUCUGAACGUGCCAAAGCGACAGAGGCCACGGGACAGAGACUCCGAGAAGGUGGUAAUAUCAACAAGUCUCUCACCACUCUUGGGAGGGUCAUUGCAGCACUUGCUGCUGAUCCCAAACAUGCUCGAGUCCAUAGCUCCAAACGAACAAACCGCGAUGUUGUUCCUUACCGCGACUCGAUUCUUACCUGGUUGCUGAAGGACUCACUUGGUGGAAACUCCAAGACUGCGAUGAUUGCUUGUAUUGCACCUUCGGAUUAUGACGAAACGUUGUCGACCCUGCGAUAUGCAGAUCAGGCCAAACAUAUUCGCACCAAAGCUAUCGUCAACCAGGACCAUGUUUCAUCGGCAGAGAAGGAUGCACAGAUCUCUGAGAUGCAAGAGACCAUUCGUGCAUUGCGGUGGACACUAAGCCAGCAACAACAGAAUGGGAGUGCCUCGGUCAUGAAAGCCGUUCAAGAAACGGCCGAUGCUCAAUCUGAGAGGAUCCGUGAAUUCACCACCAAAUAUGAAAACAUGUUGCAAAUCAUGGAAGAAAAGCUGGCCAUUUCAGAAUCCAAGGUCCGACAACUCGAGGAAGAGAAGGCAGCUUUGAGUAUCCAUUUGAAGCUUGUUCUCGAGGAGCUCAAGAAUCCGAUCAUUAUCAACAAGGACGAAGCCGAGUCAGCAAGUGAGAGGUCCAGAGUGCCGACGCCGGAUAUGGUCUAUGAAGACGAUACUGCUUCGAGUGAUGAGGUCGAUACCGAGUCUGAUUGUGAUGAUGAAGUCGCGGAAAUGCAAGCGGAGAUGGAAGCAUUGAUCUCAGACCUGGGAAUGUUCAAGAAGAAAGUUGCUGCUGAUCACCGGAUGUUUGGUAUCGGUGUUGCAGCAUGA